GACGUGCUUGAUUCAGUUAUUAUUGUCAGUAUUUAGAGAGAGAGAGAGAGAGAUGAAUCAGUUGGAGGUGGAAGACGAUGGAAUGUGGAGUCCAGAGGCGAAGGUCGGGAGGACAGUGGAGGAUCUGUGGGACAGUAUUGAAGAGCCACAGCUGAGUCCGACGGAGAAGCUGAACACUUGCUUCGAGAGCAUUCCGGUCUCUUCUUUCCCGCCGGCUCCGUCUUCUCAAUUUAUUGAGAUAAACUCGGAUGCUGGUCUGGGUGAAGCAGUCCAGUUGCUGUCCCAACACCAAAUUCUUAGUGCACCUGUUGUGGAUGUUGAUGCACCUGAGGAUGCUAGUUGGAUUGACAGAUACAUCGGAAUUGUUGAAUUUGCAGGCAUUGUUGCCUGGAUACUUUAUCAGUCAGAGAAGGAAGAUGGAUCUGAUAGCUUGGAGUAUAAUCACAGUGAAUCAGUGGGAACCAAUGGGCCUGCUGUUGCAGCUGCAGUUAACGGUGUGUCUUCUCCUAGAAACCUUGGAGCCUUAAGCCCUAGGUCUGCUGCGAUAACUUCUGGAAAUUUUUUUGAGGCCCUGACUUCGUCUGACUUCUACAAGAACGCAAAGGUUCGAGACAUCUCAGGGUCAUUCAGAUGGGCUCCAUUUCUCGCUUUGCAGAAAUCUAACUCCUUUUUGACCAUGCUUUUGCUACUAUCAAAGUAUAGAAUGAAGAGUAUUCCUGUGGUUGACCCGGGGGAAAGGACGAUUGAUAACAUCAUUACACAGUCUGCCGUUAUUCACAUGCUACAGGAGUGUGCUGGUCUUCAUUGGUUUGAAAGCUGGGGCACUAAGAAACUAUAUGAACUCGGUCUUCCUUUGAUGAAGUCCAAUCGUAUUGUUAAGGUCUAUGAGGAUGAACCAGUGCUGCAGGCAUUUAAACUCAUGAGACAACGGAGGGUAGGGGGGAUACCAGUGAUUGAAAGCGGUGGAAGCAAGGCAGUUGGUAAUAUAAGUAUCAGGGACAUUCAAUUCCUUUUAACUGCACCUGAGAUCUAUAAGAACUACAGAUCCAUUACAGCCAAGAACUUCCUGACGGCAGUCAGAAGGUACCUCGAGGAGCACAAGGAGGCGUCGCCAUUGUUGAAUGGCAUGAUUACGUGUCAAAGAGACGACACGAUAAAGGACGUGAUUGUGAGGCUGGACACCAAGAAGAUCCAUCGGAUCUACGUUGUGGACGAUGAAGGAAACCUGGAGGGAGUGAUCACUCUGAGAGACAUUAUCUCAAAGCUAGUGCACGAGCCUCGCGGCUACUUCGGGGAUUUCUUCGAUGGAGUUCUGCCACUGCCGGAGAACAGCAGGGUUUAGAGAAGACACCACACUUUUGGUUAUCGGUUUCUUAUUGCUGCUUUUGGAUUCUCAGUUACUACUGACCUGUUUUUGCCCCGUGCAUUGUAUCAUAGACAAUCUCAACCUCUUCGUUAUCGUCGACAGAGUUCUUAUCGUCGCUGUUGUUGUUGUCGUCGUCGUCAUUGUCUUCUCUUUUUUCUAUUUUUUAUUUUUUUUUACAUGUAUUAAGAACUGCACCGAUGUGCCCACUUAUAGUUAAAAGUAAGUAAUGAAGGCUCUGUUACAUCUGGGUGCUUAUAUCUGAAAA